UGUGAUUUCUCAGCUGGAUUGAGAACUGAACCUGAUGACAAAAGAACAUUCUGGGCGCAUCUCCCCAGACUGGAAGACCAAGACUUGAAACAAAAGAGUCAAUUACGAAGCCCAAGUUACUGAAGAUUUAUCUUAUGGGAUUCUCCUUUGGACAUCAGAGACUUCACACUGGAGAGAAAAUGUGAGAGUGCUUAACUGGACAGCCCAAAGACCUGGUCACCCCAAACCGCGUCCCAGAGAAGGCGAGGCCUGAGGUUAGAGAAUGGCGUAGCCUGAGAGACGUCUCGACAGUGAAGAUGCAGCCUUCUUAGCUUCUUUUCUGAGGAAAAAGAAGACCCUCCUCCCCUACUUUCUCUACUCCCCUCCCAGGAUUAGUAGGUGUUUCCAGCCUGAGGAUUUCCACUCUGCUUGUCUCUAAAAAGGCUCAUCUGAGAAGAAGGAAUGGCAGUCAGGGGCCUGCCCACCAUGGUCCAGGAAUCGGUGACCUUCAAGGAUGUGGCCGUGCUUUUCACCCGGGAUGAGUGGGCGCAGCUGAGUCCUGCUCAGAGGGCCCUGUACAGGGAUGUCAUGCUCGAGAACUACAGCAACCUGGUGUCCCUGGGACUCUUAGGACCCAAACCAGAUAUGUUUUCGCAGUUGGGAAAAGGGGAAGCGUGGAUGCCAGAGGACUCCUUGGGAGGCUUCUGUCUUGACUGGGUGAUUACACCUAUGAAUAAGAAAUCUAUUCUCCAGGCAGAUAUUCCUGAAGGAGAAUUGGGUCAGUGGAUGAUAAAGGAAAGAUUCACUAGAGAUAGUUGCUGGAAAUAUGAUAGCCUGUUGGAAUGGCAGCAUGGAGGCCAGGAGAUAAACUUGCAGCAAGUGGUGCUUGCUCAUGAGAAAACUUCGUCUGUGGUUGGUAACCAGAAAUGUGGUGAAUCUGGGAAAGACAGCAUCAUGAACUCAUCUUUUGUUCAAAGUCAGGGAUUUCAAUCUAGCAAAAAAGCCUUUGAGUGUAGUGAGUGUGGAAAAGUCUUCACUAAGAGUUCAACCCUCAGUAAACAUCAGAAGAUUCAUAGUGAAAAACUUAACACAAAUCAGAAAAUUGUUAUUAAAGAGAAGCGAUAUGAAUGUAGAGAAUGUGGGAAGGCCUUUCACCAGAGCACACACCUCAUCCAUCACCAAAGAAUUCACACUGGUGAGAAGCCAUAUGAAUGUAAGGAAUGUGGCAAGGCCUUCUCAGUGAGCUCCUCACUUACUUAUCAUCAGAAAAUUCAUACUGGAGAGAAACCUUUUGAAUGCAACUUAUGUGGAAAAGCUUUUAUCCGAAACAUACACCUUGCCCACCAUCACAGAAUACAUACUGGAGAGAAACCUUUUAAAUGUAAUAUAUGUGACAAAGCCUUUGUGUGCAGGGCACAUCUUACCAAACACCAGAAUAUUCAUAGUGGAGAGAAACCCUAUAAAUGUAAUGAAUGUGGGAAAGCCUUCAAUCAGAGUACAAGUUUUCUUCAGCAUCAGAGAAUUCACACUGGAGAGAAGCCUUUUGAAUGUAAUGAAUGUGGAAAGGCCUUCAGGGUGAACUCUUCCCUUACUGAACAUCAAAGGAUUCAUACCGGAGAGAAACCUUAUAAAUGUAAUGAAUGUGGGAAAGCAUUCAGGGAUAAUUCAUCCUUUGCUCGACAUCGGAAAAUUCAUACUGGGGAGAAACCUUACAGAUGUGGUUUGUGUGAGAAAGCCUUCAGGGACCAAUCAGCCCUAGCCCAACAUCAGAGAAUUCAUACUGGGGAGAAGCCUUAUACAUGUAAUAUAUGUGAGAAAGCCUUCAGUGACCAUUCAGCCCUCACUCAGCAUAAGAGAAUUCAUACUAGAGAAAAACCUUACAAAUGUAAAAUCUGUGGGAAAGCCUUUAUCCGAAGUACACACCUGACUCAACAUCAGAGGAUUCACACAGGAGAGAAACCCUAUAAAUGUAAUAAAUGUGGGAAAGCGUUUAACCAGACUGCAAACCUCAUUCAGCAUCAGAGACAUCAUAUAGGAGAAAAGUGACAUGGAAGAGCCUUGCAACUGAGUGUAUUAAUUAUUGAAUGCAGGAGAAUCUGUUCUGCAGAAUAACCAUGAAAGCUUACUUGAAGAUAGUCAUUUUAUUACUGAGAGUCAAGGUUUACACUAGUAUGGGUUUUGAGACCUUAAAAAUGGCAAACACUUGUGCUCACUUCGGCAGCACAUAUACUAAAAAAAGAAUGGCAAACAUUCUUCAUACUUCAGAAACUAUCUUGGUUGAAUAGCAGUGAUAUUUAAUUAGUCUGAAUUACCAAGUGCCAGAACCAGAAUGGACCUUCAUUAACAACAUAGGAAAUUAGCCCACCAUUAAGAGAAAUUAUAAAAUUGUAAAAAUUAAGGUUGAGAAGCAAAGGAACAAAAAAGAAAAUGGUCUAUAAGCAUUUUACUCUACUUGUAGGAGGCUUUCUCGCUUUAAUGGAACACUUUGUUUUCAUCACCCCCUACUGCUGACAGUGUAAAGAAAGUACAGUUAUCUAUGCAUUGGCCCAGGAGUUAAAUUAUGCUUCCUGCCCUCUGCUUCAGAUCACCUUUUGUCAGACUUCCCUGGUUUGUAUGUCCACUGGCUUCUUACUUCUAUUCUCCUCCUGGGAUAAUUCAUUUGAACAGUGUGCCCCUUUUUGAUUUAGCAACUCCUAAUUGGUAGCAUCACGUCAAUUACUACCACAUAAUUUUCCCUUGAAGACUGGUGACUUGACCUCAUACACAGUCCAUGAUUCUGGAUAUUGCACUAAACCCAGCUUUCAGAACACGGGACACCUGUCUGGAAGGCAGAGGUUGAUCUAAAUUCCUGAGUUACCCAGUUCCUCUAGGCUUCAGCUUGACUCUGACCCUUGGAUAAUCCCUAAAUUAGGGACAUAGUCUGUGCAGACAUUUCCUUCCAAUUGUUCUGCAUUGUAGUACUCUACACGUGGCAGUCAGGGGCAUGCUCCACUUUGGGUGUGAUGAUCCCAAAACCUAGAGAUGUUCUGGGCCACCUCUGCUCCUGUGACUUGCCAUUUCAUGAUGUGCAACUGAUGAGGUUAGAGCCUCAGGCAAGUUGUCAGAAUGCUCUUAACCACUCUUUCCCUUAGCUGGGCAGUCCUCUGUAUCCACUGCAUUAAAGUAUAUUUGUUGCUCACAGAAUAUUGAACUGCUGGAUACUGGUCCUUGCCUUCCUGUGGUCCACUUUUCUGAAGGUAUCAACUCUGUGUUCACAGAAGAUGGAGAGAGCUUUGAAUUUCUGAUUUUGCAUUUAAAAGUUGCCAUUUCCUCUCCACCACCUGGGUAUUCUACCAUUUAAAGAUUACCCCAUUCUGACAGUACUGAGCAGCGUGUUGAGUAAUUCAUGGAGUGGUCAGCAGCACUGUGACAUUCUCUGGCAGGGGCCGCUCCCAGGAGUCGAAGUGAUACUCUAGUCCUGCAGGUACAGUUCCCUCACUAUCUUUAAUUCUUUAGUGCUGUCAGUAGAAAUCACAGAUAAAAUAAUAUCCAUGUGCCUUCAAACACAGCCCCUCAUGGCACCUUCCCUUCCCCAUCACAAAGAAUGGGGAGCCCACACUACUGCAGGCUGGAGCAUGCUAAGGCGUGAAGGUGGAAGAGCAAGUCAGCUGUCGUCUGGGAAGCAGUGUGGCAGGUUCCUGGUCUGUGAAAAUGCUCUCCAUCAAGUUGGGUCACCUGCCAGCCCCCAUGAAAGCUGUACCUCAGCGCCAAGUUACAGGAGAGGAUAUUCUUUGUGAUGAUGGAAUCAGGACUUCAGGUUGAACAUAGACUUGGAAGCUUCCAGUAGCUUUAAAGCCCCAAGUUCUCUAAAUUCAGCUACCACCUAAUAAAGGCCGCCUACUUGGGUUGGUAUCUCCUGUUAGGUGAUCAACAGCUCAUCCUUUCUCCCCAGAGGAGCUGCAGGUGAAGCAGCAUUUCAAGAGGUUGCUUGGAACCCACCAUGCCCUGGGCCCAAACAUGUUCAUCUGUAGCUUCUCAUGGCUGGCAACCCCAGAUCCAACAAUAAACUUGGAAAACUGCUCACUGCUGCAGAGAUCUGCUUUCAGUAUUAUCCCUGUGUCCCACUGGUCCUGUUACCUCCUUCCCUUGAAUCCCUCACAAGAAACACAUUUCUCAGCUGAGUUGUUCCUUUUGUUUUUAAUAAGAGCUGUUACCCCUUGGUGUGUGCUUGCCACUGGGCUAAGGUUCCUGCUGCCACUCAUCCAGGGACAGCUGUAGCAGCUUUCCUAGAACAUCAGUGCAGUCUGAUGACCCUCCAUCCAAUGACAGUCCAUUUUCCCUGAGACCGCUCCUGUUGGGCUUGGGUCUUCACGAAAUUAGACCUCUGAGAUGACUAGUCACUCCCUUGUCUGGGAAGGCAAAAAUAAACGGCCUAUUA